AUAUCCCAGGGGAAACCUAACCUGCCCCAUAUAGGUGGCUAAGCCAAGGCCCGACAAGAGGCGAAGAAUUGCCCUAGGCCCCCAGGCUGUCUGGGGCAACUAAGAACUGGAGCCCAGGAUUCCAGCUCCCAGCUUCCUUUUUCUUUUCCAUCAGCUUCUGGCAAGAGCGUUGAGGUCCUUUAGGCCCAGGGCUUUGUGGAUGAUGGUGCCUGGACAGAGGAAGCCAGGCCGCCGCCUGUCCCUGCCAUGGAGACCUUCUUUAGGAGACACUUCCAGAGGAAGGCACGAGGCUCUGGAGAGGGGCAGCGGCGGCCCAGCGGAGUGGGGUUUCCCACUGGCAAGGCCCAGCGCCGUUCCCCUGUCGGUCAGGCCUCCUCCUCACUGGCCCAGCGGCGCCGCUCCAGCUCACAGCUCCAGGGCUGCCUCCUGGGCUGCAGGGUGGGGGCCCGGGGCAGCCGCCGGCGCUCCAGCACUGUCCCCCCGGCCUGCAACCCCCGCUUCACCGUGGAUGAGGUCACCACCCCCCAGUCUGCUACUGUCAGGGCCCCGCUCCUGGGUGUGCCCCUGCUGCAGGCCAGGCUUGUGGGCAUGAAAGAGGAGGAGAAGGAGGAUGUCGCAGCUAGGGCAUCGAGUGCCACCCAGCCAGGCACCAAGAGACCAGGGUCACCCCCACACCUGGGCGCCUGCCCACUGCUUCCAGUGCCCCGUUACCUUCGCCGGCGCCAAGCCUCCCCACACCUGCUCCCUGCUGAUGUGGUCUACGACCACACCUUCUGGGGCCUGCAUGGCUGCUAUCGUCGCCUCAGCCAGCGUCGGCCCUCGGGUCAUCACCUUGGCCCUGGAGGCCGAAGAGCCUCAGGCACCAUGGCCAGCCCCGUGUUACCCACCUCUGUGCGCCAGCUGUCCCGCAGGCGCCAGGUAGCCCUACGGCGCAAGUCGGUCGGACCCCAGGCCUGGAGCGCCCUGCUUGUGAAAGCCAUCACCAAGUCCGGCCUCCCACACCUGGCCCUCCCUCCGCCCACACCCGGAGCCUUGUGUGGCGAGUCCGAGCGGCAGAUCCGGAGCACUGUGGACUGGAGUGAAUCGGCGGCAUAUGGGGAGCACAUCUGGUUUGAGACCAACGUUUCUGGGGACUUCUGCUAUGUUGGGGAGCAGUACUGUGUAGCUAAAAUGCUGAAAUCAGUGUCAAGGAGAAAGUGUGCAGCCUGCAAGAUCGUGGUGCACACGCCUUGCAUCGAACAGCUGGAGAAGAUAAAUUUCCGCUGUAAGCCAUCUUUCCGGGAAUCAGGCUCCAGGAACGUCCGUGAGCCCACUUUUGUGCGUCACCACUGGGUACACCGGCGGCGCCAGGAUGGCAAGUGUCGGCACUGUGGGAAGGGCUUCCAGCAGAAGUUCACGUUCCACAGCAAGGAGAUUGUGGCCAUCAGUUGUUCCUGGUGCAAACAAGCUUACCACAGCAAGGUGUCCUGCUUCAUGCUGCAGCAGAUUGAGGAGCCCUGCUCCCUGGGCGUCCACGCUGCCGUGGUCAUCCCACCCACCUGGAUCCUCCGUGCCCGUAGGCCCCAAAAUACCCUCAAAGCGAGCAAGAAGAAAAAGAGAGCAUCCUUCAAGAGGAAAUCAAGCAAGAAAGGGCCUGAGGAGGGCCGUUGGAGACCUUUCAUCAUCAGGCCCACCCCAUCCCCACUCAUGAAGCCCCUACUGGUGUUUGUGAACCCCAAGAGUGGGGGCAACCAGGGCGCUAAGAUCAUCCAGUCCUUCCUCUGGUACCUCAAUCCCCGCCAAGUCUUUGACCUGAGCCAGGGAGGGCCCAAAGAGGCGCUGGAGAUGUACCGCAAAGUGCACAACCUGCGGAUCCUGGCCUGCGGAGGCGACGGCACGGUCGGCUGGAUUCUCUCCACCCUGGACCAGCUGCGCUUGAAACCACCACCCCCUGUUGCCAUUCUACCUCUGGGUACUGGCAACGACUUGGCCCGUACCCUCAACUGGGGUGGGGGCUAUACAGAUGAGCCCGUAUCCAAGAUCCUCUCCCACGUAGAAGAGGGAAAUGUGGUGCAGCUUGACCGCUGGGACCUCCAAGCUGAGCCCAACCCCGAGGCCGGGCCUGAGGAGCGUGACGAGGGUGCCACUGACCGGCUGCCCCUGGAUGUCUUCAACAACUACUUCAGCCUGGGCUUUGAUGCCCACGUCACCCUGGAGUUUCACGAGUCACGAGAGGCGAACCCGGAGAAGUUCAAUAGCCGCUUUCGGAACAAGAUGUUCUAUGCAGGGACAGCCUUCUCCGACUUCCUGAUGGGCAGCUCCAAGGACUUGGCUAAGCACAUCCGAGUGGUGUGUGAUGGAAUGGACCUGACCUCCAAGAUUCAGGAGCUGAAACCCCAGUGCAUCGUUUUCCUCAACAUCCCCAGGUACUGUGCGGGCACCAUGCCCUGGGGCCACCCUGGGGAGCACCACGACUUUGAGCCCCAGCGGCACGAUGAUGGCUACCUCGAGGUCAUUGGCUUCACCAUGACGUCCCUGGCAGCGCUGCAGGUGGGUGGGCACGGCGAGCGGCUGACGCAGUGCCGUGAGGUGGUGCUCACCACGUUCAAGGCGAUCCCGGUGCAAGUAGAUGGUGAGCCCUGCAGGCUUGCUGCCUCACGCAUUCGGAUCACGCUGCGCAACCAGGCCACCAUGGUGCAGAAGGCCAAGCGGCGGAGCGCUGCCCCCCUGCACAGCGACCAGCAGCCAGUGCCCGAGCAGCUGCGGAUCCAGGUGAGCAGAGUCAGCAUGCAUGACUACGAGGCCCUGCAUUAUGACAAGGAGCAGCUCAAGGAGGCCUCCAUGCCCCUGGGCACUGUGGUGGUCCCAGGAGACAGCGACCUUGAGCUCUGUCGCACCCACAUCGAGAGGCUCCAGCAGGAGCCCAAUGGUGCUGGAGCCAAGUCCCCAACGUGCCAGAAACUGUCCCCAAAGUGGUGCUUCCUGGACGCAACCACUGCCAGCCGUUUCUACAGGAUCGACCGGGCUCAGGAACACCUCAACUAUGUGACUGAGAUUGCACAGGACGAGAUUUAUAUCCUGGACCCCGAGCUGCUGGGGGCAUCGGCCCGGCCUGACCUCCCCACCCCUAUCUCCCCUCCCCCCACCUCCCCCUGCUCACCCACGCCCCGGUCGCUGCAAGGGGAUGCCAUGCCCCCUACAGGUGAAGAGCUGAUUGAGGCUGCCAAGAGGAACGACUUUUGUAAGCUCCAGGAGCUGCACCGAGCUGGAGGUGACCUCACACACCGGGACGAGCGGAGCCGCACGCUCCUGCACCAUGCCGUCAGCACUGGCAGCAAGGAGGUGGUCCGCUACCUGCUGGACCAUGCCCCCGUGGAGAUCUUAGAUGCUGUAGAGGAAAACGGGGAGACAUGUCUACACCAGGCCGCGGCCCUGGGCCAGCGCACCAUCUGCCACUACAUCGUGGAGGCCGGGGCCUCGCUCAUGAAGACGGACCAGCAGGGUGACACUCCCCGGCAGCGGGCUGAGAAGGCUCAGGACACAGAGCUGGCCGCCUACCUGGAGAACCGGCAGCACUACCAGAUGAUCCAGCGGGAGGACCAGGAGACAGCCGUGUAG